UAGCUGCUUCCUGCACGUGAGUCCAGUUUAACUUGUCAAGUACAAGCACUCUAGGCCGGGGAUAUGAGGCCUAAUCUAGUCUGUAUGAGGGUGCUCUCCCCGGUCCUGAAAUUAGCUUUAGCUCCAAAGAGGGGAUUCUGUACAGGGGUGUCAGAGAAGGAAGUUCGGGUUCGGUUCGCCCCCAGUCCAACAGGCUUCCUUCAUCUAGGAGGCUUACGGACGGCACUAUACAACUACCUGUUUGCUAAGAAGCAUGGCGGAUCGUUUAUCCUGCGUCUUGAAGAUACAGACAGGAACCGUUUGGUACCUGGUGCUGCGGAGAGUAUAGAAGAUAUGUUAGAAUGGGCAGGUAUCCCACCCGAUGAGAGCCCAAGACGUGGUGGGCCGUGUGGUCCAUAUGAACAGUCUAAGCGCUUGGAUCUGUACCACAAAACAACACAAACGCUGCUGGACAGUGGGGCUGCCUAUCGUUGCUUCUGUACACCACAGAGAUUGGAGCUGCUCAAAAAGGAAGCUCUAAGAAGUCGUCAGACCCCACGUUAUGACAACCGAUGUCGGCACCUAUCAGAAAAGCAAGUUCAGGAAAAGCUGUCAAAGGGUUCUCCUUAUGUAGUCCGGUUUCUCUUACAUAAGGGUACAAAACCCUUCCAAGAUCUGGUCUUUGGAUGGACUCAGCAUGAUGUAGCAGCUGUAGAAGGUGACCCAGUUAUCCUCAAGGGGGAUGGAUUUCCCACUUACCACUUGGCGAAUGUAGUGGAUGAUUACAACAUGGGUGUGAGUCAUGUACUACGCGGAGAAGAGUGGCUAACCUCUACGUCAAAGCAUUUGCUCAUUUACCAAGCACUGGGCUGGCAGUCUCCUUUAUUUGCCCAUCUUCCACUCCUACUCAACAAGGAUGGCACUAAACUUUCCAAACGACAAGGGGACAUCUUUAUCCAGCAUUAUAUUCAAAGCGGUUACCUACCAGAUGCCUUGCUGGAUCUUAUCACAAACUGCGGCUCUGGAUUUCUUGAGAACCAGAUGGGUCGUACUCUUGAUACGUUAAUUCAGCAGUAUGAACUAGAGAGAACCAGCACCCACUCAGCUCUGUUAGAUCUGGAAAAGCUUCCUGAAUUUAACAGGAUUCACCUGGCAAAAUGGGUUGAGGCAACUGAGACCCGAGAUCAGCUAGUCGCACAGCUACAGGCACUUUUACAAGAAACCUACACAGAAGUGACGUUUGAUAAGGAGUACGUAGAACGAAUACUGUUGCUCAGGAAGGGUCAUGUGUGCCGGUUGACAGACUUACUGUCCCCAACUUAUUCCUACCUGUGGAUACGUCCCUUGAUAUCCAAGGAACAGCUGGACAGCCUUUCUCGUGAGGCAAGUGUGAUUGGAGAGGUGGUUGUGCGGCUCCUGCAGAAAAAUGACCUUAAUCUUGAAAUGCUGAACAAUGACUUAAGAAGCCAUCUCCAAGAACUUAAAAGCACAAAAUACAGCAAUGCCAUGAAACUUCUGCGCAUGAUUCUCAGUGGCCAGCAGCAUGGCCCAAGUGUAGCUGAGAUGAUGCUGUCUCUGGGACCCAAGGAAACUAUUUUGCGGCUACAGAAUGCUUUGUUUUAGCGGAAGAAUACAGAUGUAGCUUAUACCACUCUCCUUAUAAAAGCUGCUACAAAUAAAUUAUUUUUGUAAAAA